AAUUUAUGUUCAUUAAAAUCGUGGGCCUGUAGCAUAUUCUGCUGGGCCAAUUAGUGGGCCUUUACAAUAUUAAUAGUUAUCUGAUUUAUAAAAAGUCACCGAUUUAAAAAUUCGGUAUUAGGCGGAAAAAAUUGGUUAUCCGCCAAAGCUGACUAUCUAGUUUACCUCGGAUCCGCGACUAAUUGGCCGAUUAAUUGUCUAGGCGGGUGAUUCUUCGAACUUGUCUAGGCGGGUGAUUCUUCGAACUCAGAGUUCAACUGUUCCUAGCCUUGUUGAUUGUCGGAAUCGGGUAGACCAAGAUGGAGCUGGAUCCAAAGAAGUAUGUUGAGCUAUUGGAAAAAAUUGAAGCUGAAGCUGAUGAGGUUCUACUAGCUAAAUAUCAGAUGGUGGAGAAUGACAGGGAGAGGAAUACUAACAGAGAGGCUCUUACAGCACUUAGGAAGAAAGCUCAGACAACAAAGACUAGUGUUCCUUCUCCUUUUGAUUCUAUGAUGAAAGAUGUCCGUGAGAGCUCAACAGAACAACCUGUGGUCAAAGAAGUUUGCUCGACAUGUGGAUCACAUGGCUCUAGUGAACCCACAUGGAUGAUUCUCCCAGGAGCUGAUCUUUUCGCUGCAGUUCCGUUUCAUGUUGUGCAUACAAUGCUAGAGAAAGAUGGAAAGAAAAUGGAGUUUGAAGCAACGAAAUUGCAGAGCUUAAUGAAGGAAAAAACUCUUUGCUUAUCGGAACUUAAGGCUCUUGGUGAUAGUAUUCCUCCAGGCAUUAUCAGAUCGUUGGUCACGUUAGAGGACAAACCUAAAGUUAAGUAGAACAAUGCUGGUUUUGUCAUUAACGGCGUUAUCCAUUUGUGAUGUUGAUGGAUUCGUUAAAGUUAUUAUUGUAUUCUUAAUUUAAUCAACAAGAUUUCCUUGUUUAUUUUUGAUGAAUGAUAUUUUAUUGUUAGAGGA